GCCUCGCGCUUGAUGCCCCGUCCAGAUAGGCCCGCCUGCCCCUCCUCCAUCCCAGCAUGCACUGCGCUUCCUGCCACCUCCUCUUCCGGCUGGGGCGGGUAGUGGAGGUAACGACGUGUCCGGAGCGGAGCGGGAGCAGCGCGCGAAGCCAUGGAGCUGGAGGCGAUGAGCAGAUACACCAGUCCAGUGAACCCGGCUGUCUUCCCGCACCUCACUGUGGUGCUGCUGGCCAUCGGCAUGUUCUUCACUGCCUGGUUCUUCGUCUACGAGGUGACUUCCACCAAGUACACGCGGGAUAUCUACAAGGAGCUGCUGAUCUCGCUGGUGGCCUCACUCUUCAUGGGCUUUGGCGUCCUCUUCCUGCUGCUGUGGGUCGGUAUCUACGUUUGAAGCCUGCCGGAGGAGAGCCAGCCCUGUGUGGUGGGAAGCCCAGCAGAAACGUUUUUUGUAUUUUUAUACUUCAACAACAAAGCACGUGUCAGGCAUGGACUGUGCUGCUGCCAACUGACUUCUGCCAGUGCAGCAAACAUGGCCUGAAUAAAACUGACUCCAUCAUGCAAACGCUUCUGGCCUUGUGGUUUGUCUCUUAGAUACACUUUUUAUCUGGCUUUUCCAAACCACUUUGAUAUUGGCACAGGAUCCCUGUGCCUUGGGACAGGCCCUGUGUUUGUUAGAGACUUCCAGAGC